CCUUUAGCGCCCCCAUUGAUCGUCCAAGAGGGAAGGCUACCGAUAUCGUUAUCAGUCCUGGCAUCACAUCACUUGAUCAACCUCCCAUCUCGCCGAUCAUCUCGGUCAUCCGUCCGUAGGUGACUUCGACCUUUUUACAGUUAUUGCUUAAGCUUUGCAACGUUCAAGCUUUCUCUCGGACACAUUCAAUUUACCAAACUUGAGUUGAAGGGAGAGAGAGAGAAAGACCGACACGAUGGCUUCAAUCAUACCCGCGCGGGCCAUCAUCCCUUUCCUAGUGGGAAUGAUGUUACUUACUGGAGUGUGCAACACCCUCUUGACCAAGUACCAGGACAACCAAUGCGUUCGCAAUUGUGACGACCCCGACCCGCUCAAACGGAAGCACUUUGAGCAGCCCGUCAUUCAGACCCUCCAGAUGUUCGUCGGCGAGAUGGGCUGCUGGCUGGUUGUAGGCAUCAUGUCGCUCUGGAGCCGCUACGUCUCCAAAUCCACCACGUACGAGCGCAUCAAUAACCGGGCGGGCGAGGACGAGGACACCACCGUCCCCGACGACGCCAGCAUCCGCUCCCACACCCCUCUCACCGACUCAACCGCAUCUUCCAAGUACGACGGCCCCUCUAUCCUCCGCGGCUGGCGCGUCGUGCUGCUCUCGCUCCCCGCCAUCUGCGACAUCUGCGGUACUACCCUCAUGAACGCUGGCCUGCUGCUCGUGGCGGCCUCCAUCUACCAGAUGACGCGCGGCGCGCUGGUGCUCUUUGUCGGCAUCUUCAGCGUCGUUUUCUUGCGCCGCAAGCUGUACGCCUUCCAGUGGCUGUCGCUGGUGGGCGUCAUGGUGGGCGUGGCGCUCGUGGGACUGGCUGGUGCGAUUCAGCCGGAUCAGAAACAUCCUAGUGCUACGACGACUAUAACUGCGGAUGUGGGCGCCGAUGCCCUCAAGGUGAUCAUUGGUGUCUUGAUGAUUGCCGGCGCGCAGAUUUUUACUGCUACGCAGUUUGUGUUGGAGGAGUACAUCCUGGAGCGGUCGACGAUCGAGCCCAUUCGUGUUGUCGGGUGGGAGGGCCUCUUUGGCUUUACCGUUACACUUUUGGGCAUGGUCAUCUUGCACUUUGCCAUUGGACGGACCGAGGCCGGUCGGUAUGGACCGUUCGAUAUGGUGGAGGGAUGGAGGCAGUUUUGGGAGUAUAAACCUGUCUUCAUCUCAAGCGUUCUGAUCAUGAUUAGCAUUGGCGGCUUCAAUUUCUUUGGCCUCUCCGUAACCCGCUCUGUGAGCGCCACCUCCCGCUCCACCAUCGACACGUGCCGCACGCUUUUCAUCUGGAUGGUGUCGCUCGGUCUCGGCUGGGAGACAUUCAAGUGGCUGCAGGUCAUCGGCUUUGGUCUGCUCGUUUACUUUACUUUCCUCUUCAACGGCAUCGUCGAGCCUCCGUUUGAGUUCCUCCGCGUCAGCCAGGUGGAGGAGCUGUUGCCUGAGGAGCCUAUUGAGCAUAACUGAGCUAGAUUAUGGGGAAUAGGGUGUAACAUACAGACACGGUGUUCUGCGAACGGUAAACAAGGACAUGGUUUAUACCAUUUUUACCUACGGCUUCUUGGGUAUUUAGUUUGUUUUAUCAGCUUUGGGUAGGGUAGGAGAUCACUGUCGCUUGUCACGAUACCUGCUGCUAGUUGACUCAGGGUCGGUAUAGGAAAUGGAUGUGGUGAUGUUACCUUAAAGGGACGGAUGUAAGGCGUUCAAUGGAUUGGUUUCGGAUGGAUGACAAAGGGUCACGAUGGGAUAGGGGUUCACUUCUGCAGCGAUAGCAUAUAAACACAUAUACAGGUGAUGUAUCAUACAUUACUUUUCAGGCAGAAUAACAAGACAUGUUUACAGUCU